AUGAAAGACACCCCGAUUACGAAACCGUCUCUUACACCUGGGGUGGAGAAAAUGGAGAUAGCACACUUUGUCGACCAGUUUACGUGGGCAAGUACUGGGAUGUUCUCUUUCAAACCCAAAACUGCUGGGAGAUGCUACGAUACCUUCGGCCGCGCAGAGAUCUACGAACCCUCUGGGUUGAUGCCAUUUGUAUUAACCAACGGGACUUUAGCGAACGAGAAAAACAGGUCGCAAAGAUGGGACUGA